AACUUCACGUGUACAUAACCUCAAAAAAUCCCGCUCAUGUAAUCAGUUGAGUUUUCACGAAGAGGAAAUCAGUGAUUUUUUGUGCCCCUUUUUUCUCUAGUUUAGCGUGAAUUUCCCCGGAAUAUUUGAGUGUUUUCCAGUGAGAAUGUACGCGGGGAAUGCGGCAACAUUGCGACGCAUUGAUGUCCUCAAGAGAAUUCUGAGUGGGACAACAAAUAAAAAUCACAUUCGAGGACUUUCAGGGAUUGAUCGAGUCACAAUUGAUGGGGUCACAAAGGACAUUAAGGCAUCCCCGAAUCCCGAAUAUAUCCCACGGCAGUACCUACGGCUAGAUGCUGAGGGGAAUCUCGAUGUGUCCCAGACUGUUCUUCAUCAUCUCCGUUGGAUGCUGCAAAAGGACAAUUUGGGGCAGGAUAUCUUCCUUCUUGGGCGUCCUGGGCCACUGAGGAGGAAUGUUGCUAUGCAAUUUAUUGAGUUGACUCAGCGGGAAUUGGAGUAUGUGUCCCUAUCGCGUGACACGACUGAGAGUGAUCUGAAGCAGAGGAGAGAAAUCGAGGCAGGAACGGCAAGGUAUCACGAUCAAUCAGCCGUACGGGCGGCAAUCAAUGGGAGAGUCCUCGUAAUUGAGGGUGUAGAGAAGGCUGAACGGAAUGUCCUGCCAGUGUUGAAUAAUCUUCUCGAGAAUAGGGAAAUGAACCUCGAAGAUGGAAGACUCCUCAUCCCAGCAGAAAGGUACGACAAACUUCUUGAGCAAUAUGGGGCUGAAGAGCUAACCCGUUGGGGUCUUGUGAGGGUAUCUGAGGAUUUUCGUGUAAUUGCUCUGGGGCUUCCGGUACCAAAGUAUCGUGGAGCACCGCUGGAUCCACCGUUGCGUUCUCGCUUCCAGGCACGAGAUGUUACGAAUCUCUCAUACCAGGAAAUCUUUGCAACAAUGCGCUCUGUGGCACCAAAGGCUGACCCAGAUAAACUCAAACAAAUCCUUUCAUUUGGCUUUGCCAUUCAACAAGCCGAUGCAAAGACCAAUCUACCUGAUUUUCCCAUUGAUAGUGUCUUCAGUGCUGCGAAAAUAUUGAAUAACAACAAUACCCUCAACACUUACGAUAUCAUCUACCGCCUCUAUCCCCAUCGGAGUUUUCUGCCCAGGGAGAGUUUUGAAGCACUCAAUACUCUCCUGAAAUCCCUCAAUAUUGCCGAAGGAACAAUUCCUGCGCAUCAGGAAAUAACUCAAGUUCACUCUGAAGGGGAUUCAGUGGCAAAAGUAACAAUUUCCGGGCGUGUUGGUAAGGCUGUGGAGAUUCCAGUUUCAGCUGGAGGGCAGAGGUAUGCCCAGGAGAGCCCUAUGGGGAGAUUUGUUCCCACAAAGUAUCAACAGAAUCUCCUGGCGGAUGUUGUGCAGAGUUUCGCUGUGGGAGAUGUUUGCCUUGUUGGCCCAAAGGGAUGCGGGAAGUCGGCUCUUGUGAUGGAACUUUGCAAUGUUCUGGGGCAGACGACGGAAUCAAUGGUGCUGUACCAGGAUAUGACGGGGAGGGAUUUAAUUCAGCAGCGUACGACAAAACUCAACGGGGAUACCAUUUGGCGGGAUUCAGCUCUCCUUCGGGCAGCUCUUGCUGGGCAUGUGGCCAUCCUCGAUGGUGUUCAUCGCAUUCACAAUUCAACUGUAUCAAUUCUCCAUCGUCUCGUGCACGACAGGGAGCUUCAGCUGUACGACGGGAGGAGACUCCUUGGGCAUGAGAGGUAUGACAAUCUCCUGGCAUUGGGUGCCACGCCAGAGAGUCUCGAGGCAAAGGGAAUUUUGCGAAUUCAUCCGUCAUUUAGGAUUGUUGCCCUUGGUGAGCCUCCAGUACUUGAUACGGGGGCAAAUUGGCUCACACCUGAGAUGCUGAGUGUCUUUGUCUUCCACGAAGUGCGGAAUCUCAGUCAGGAGGAGGAGAUUCACAUCAUAAACACCCUCUAUGGGGAAAUUGGGCCAUCUCUGCGGAAUAUUCUCAAUGUGGCACAGUUUUUGCGUGAUUCAAAGGAUCCUAUUAUGAAGAAUCUUGCGGGGACACUGUCAACACGGCAGCUCCUUCGUAUAGCUCAUCGGAUGUCCGUCUAUCCACCGGAGAAGGUGGGAAUUUUUGCCAAACCCAUUGAGCAUCCACUAAAUUCAGCCUACGACACAAUUCAACGAACUUUCCUGGCUAAAUUCCUCCCAGCUCUUCCACGGGCAACACUCGAGAAUGUCCUGGAGCGCUUCAAGAUCUUCCCGAGGCUCGAAGCAGAUGAUUCUGCUGACAAAAUGGGGAUAGAAGUUGCCAAUGGAUGUGUGAGGAUUGGAAAAACCGAGACGGAUGUCUACAAAACAGAUGCAGUGACCAAAGUUCCGGAUAUUCUCUUCUACGACGUACCACAGCAUGUCGUCCUUAUGGAGCAUCUUCUGCAGGAUUUCCUCAUUGGAAAUCAUCUUCUUUUGGUGGGAAAUCAGGGUGUGGGAAAGAAUAAAAUUGCCGAUCGUCUUCUGCAAGUUAUGAAUCGUCCUCGGGAGUACAUUCAGCUACACAGGGAUACUACGGUGCAGACCCUGACCCUUCAGCCUGCAAUCAAGGAUGGGAUUGUGACGUAUGAGGAUUCCCCGCUGGUUAAAGCUGUUAAAAAUGGGCAUGUUCUGGUUGUGGAUGAAGCAGACAAGGCACCAACGCACGUUACCUGCAUCCUCAAGACACUCGUGGAGAAUGGUGAGAUGAUUCUCUCGGAUGGGAGGAAGAUUCUCCCAGCAACAGUUUCCAGGGAUAUUCAACAGAGUCCUGAUGUAAUUAUUGCUCACAGAGAUUUUCGCAUGAUUGUCCUGGCCAAUCGUCCGGGAUUCCCAUUUUUGGGAAAUGACUUCUUUGCCGCCCUUGGGGAUCUCUUUAGUUGCCAUUCAGUUGAUAAUCCUUCGACUGAAUCUGAGAUUUUCCUACUGCAGCAAUACGGUCCGGAUGUUCCACGGCAUAUCCUGGACACCCUCGUGAGGGCAUUUGCUGAACUUCGAUCAAUGGCAGAUGUUGGGCAGCUAAGCUAUCCAUACAGUACACGUGAAGUUGUGAAUAUUGUGAAGCAUCUGCAGAAAUUCCCUGAAGAGGAUAUGUCUGAGCUUGUGGGGAAUGUUCUGGAUUUUGAUAGAUAUUCCCCGGAAGCUCUGGAACUUGUAACAACGGUGCUGCAGAAGCAUGGGCUUCCCAUUGAGGGGUAUGCAAAGCACGAAAUGGCAGCUCUGCGGAAGAAGCGGGAGAUUCAGGUGACGGUUGAGAGUAAAAGUGGGAAGAGUGUUUCAUCACCGAAGCACGGGAAGGUGGAUCCGGAGAAUAAACCUCAUGUGGGCGGGAAUACCUGGGCUGGAGGUAGUGGAGGACGUGAUACAGCUGGAUUGGGGGGCAAAGGUGGCCCAUAUCGUCUUGAUUCGGGGAAUCCGGUGCACCAGCUGUCGGAUGAGGAGAAAGACGACAUCCCCGAUGAGGUGAAGAAGGCAGCACGAGAGAUGAAUCGUCGUGCCUACGAAGAGCGCCUCCGGGAGAUUAAACUGUCCAAAUAUGAUCAUUCAGUGUAUGAGCAGUACAGCCUUCCGGUGCAGAAGCAAGUAAAGGAGCUCCGGGUGAUACUAAAUGCACUCCAGGCUAAGAGUAAAGAGCGCCACUGGCAGAAGCAUCAAACAACGGGGGAGCUGGAUGAUACAAAGCUCGUGGAGGGUAUUACGGGAGAGAAAAACAUCUACAGGAGACGUGCUGAGCAGGAACCCGAACCGGGGCAGCCACAGGAGAAACCCAAACGCCUCAAACUUGUGGUUGAUGUCUCCGGAUCAAUGUACAGAUUCAACGGCUACGACGGGCGUCUCGAUAGAGAAAUGGAAGCCGUGGUUCUCGUCAUGGAGGCCUUUGAGGGGUUUGCCCACAAAGUUCAGUACGACGUUGUUGGGCACAGCGGGGAGACGUACUACAUCCCCUUUGUGGACGCCAAGAAACCCCCGCGUGACGAUAGAGUGCGCCUUGAAACAAUCAAAAUGAUGCAUGCCCACGCUCAGUACUGCUGGUCCGGAGACCACACACUUCUGGCCACAAAUCACGCAGUGGAUCAGCUGGCGCAGGAGGACUGUGAUGAGGCAAUUGUGGUCGUUCUCAGUGAUGCAAAUCUCCAAAGGUACGGGAUUUCAGCACAAAAGGUGGCUCAAGCGCUGCAGAAGCGUGAACCCAAAGUCCAGGCCUACGUCAUCUUCAUCGGGAGCAUCGGGGAAGAAGCAGAAAUAAUUAAUCAAAAUAUGCCACCCGGAAGGAGUUUUGUCUGCAUGGAUUUGGCACAAUUGCCACAGAUUCUUAAGCAAAUCUUCACGUCUUCCGUUCUCUACCAAAGUGCACUAUAAAGGGCAUUUUUAGAGGCAAAAACUGUUUUUUUAGAUAAAUCUUUGAGGGAUGUUUUUUGAUGGAAAAAAAGGGAUGUUUUGUGACCAAAAAAAGGCAUUUAUAGGGAAUAAUUUUCUAGGUGAAUUUUUGUAUAUAAAAUACAAUAAAAAUUAUCAUGAAUUUUGUUAAAAA